AUGAGGGGAUCUUUGGCGAAAGCUUGUGUACUUUAUGCUACGAUCGAAGAAUGUGAUACUGAAGGCAGACUUCUGCGUGCUUGUCAAGUUAUUCACGAAGAGUAUGCCAAUGCUGGACUUGUUCUGGAGAAAGAUGCAAGAGAGCAGUUAAAGAUGCAUGCCACAACGAUGAACAUGAGGCAUAAGAAAGGGAAUCAAAAUAUGAAGAUGAAAAUUAACACGUUUGAUGCACGAGGCAUCGUUGAGCAAUUCGGGGCCGAGGACUGA